AUGAAACAGGCUGACCCCACACAUGAGUGUGAUGGUUCAGGAUCAGGAGGGAUAUCAUGUCAAUGUAUGAAGAGUGAGGGACCCCAGCCCCACACUGGGUUCCCCAGCCCAGAAUACCAGUGCCGAGAAGAGGAGCCCGCACAACAUCUGGCUGUGGAAAACAGUGUGGAUUCUGCCCUUCUGGAAUCCAAAACAGCCGAUCUUUCAACAGAUGAAGAGAACGGAACACAUCAUUCCUCAGAAAGUAAGGAUGACCAGAAUUCAUCUCCCGAUAGCUCUAGCUCUCUGGAAGAAGAAUUUUCAUCAAUAGUAAAUAUCCCUGAUGAAGCUUUUAUUCGGGCAGCCCGCAGAAAACGUGAAUUAGCUAGGGCCCAAGAGGACUAUAUUUCUUUGGAUGUAAAACAUACUGCAACCGUCUCUGGUAUAAAGAAAAGCAGUGAUGAAGCUCCUGACAGUGAGCCUGAUGACCAUGAAGAGAGAAUACUAUUUACCCCAAAGCCUCAAACACUUAGACAAAGAAUGGCUGAAGAAACAACAACUAGAAAUGAAGACACAAGUGACGAAAGCCAGGAAGAUGAAAAUCAAGAUAUUUGGGAACAGCAGCAAAUGAGGAAAGCAGUUAAAAUCACAGAGGGACGAAACAUAGAUCUUUCCCAUGGUAGUGAAUCUCAAACAAUGAAGAAGUUUGAUACUUCCAUUUCAUUUCCACCAGUAAAUUUAGAAAUUAUAAAGAAGCAAUUAAAUACUAGAUUAACAUUAUUACAGGAUACUCACCGUUCACACCUAAGGGAAUAUGAAAAAUAUAUACAAGAUGUUAAGAGCUCGAAGAGUACCAUCCAGAACCUAGAGAAUUCAUCAAAUCAAGCCCUAAAUUUUAAAUUCUACAAAAGCAUGAAAAUUUAUGUGGAAAAUUUAACUGACUGUCUUAAUGAAAAGAUUAUCAGCAUCCAAGAAAUAGAAUCAUCCAUGCAUGCACUCCUUUUAAAACAAGCCAUGACCUUUUUGAAACGCAGGCAAGAUGAAUUAAAACAUGAAUCAACGUAUUUACAACAGUUAUCACGCAAAGCUGAGACAUCAACAAAUGGAAGCUUGGCUAUAGAUGAAAAAACUCAAUGGAUUUUAGAAGAGAUUGAAUCUCGAAGGGCACGAAGAAGACAAGCAAGGGAGCUUUCUGGGAAUUGUGAUCAUCAGGAAGGGACAUCUAGUGAUGAUGAACUAUCUUCAUCAGACACGACUGACUUCCAAAAAAGCCAAGCACGGAGAAAGGAGAAGACAGGAAAUGAUCCUCUAGACAAGGAGGACAGUCUAGUAAAUAAAUUAUGCACCACUGAAAUUUUUGUUUCAGACUUUGUAGAAUUCAUAUGGGAUCCCUUGUCGACUUCACAGACAACAAGUUUAAUAAUGCACUGCAGAAUGAUUCUUGAAGAACAUUCCACUUGUGAGAAUGAAGUUAGUAAAGGGAAACAGGAUUUACUCAAAUCCAUUGUUUCAAGAAUAAAGAAGGCAAUAGAAGAUGAUGUUUUUAUUCCUCUGUAUCCAAAGAGUGCUGUAGAAAAUAAAACAUCACCACAUUCAAAGUUCCAAGAAAGACAGUUCUGGUCAGGUCUAAAGCUCUUUGGCAAUAUUCUUCUAUGGGAUGGACUUCUCCCAGAUGACACCUUGCGAGAGCUAGGACUUGAGAAGCUACUAAAUCGUUACCUUAUCAUAGCUCUUCUUAAUGCCACACCAGGGCCAGAUAUUGUUAAAAAGUGCAACCAGAUAGCAGCAUAUUUACCAAAAAAAUGGUUUGAGAAUUCUGCCAUGAGAACAUCUAUUCCUCAGCUUGAAAACUUCAUCCAGUUUUUAUUGCAGUCUGCACAUAAAUUAUCUAGAAGUGAAUCCAGGGAUGAAGUCAAAGAAAUAAUUCUUAUUCUGGUGAAAAUAAGAGCUUUGAAUCAAGCAGAAUCCUUCAUAGAAGAAUAUCACUUAGAUCAUCUUAAAUCAGUAAUUAAAGAAGUUUGAGUAACCUUUAUAGGAAAGUACAAAAAUGAGAUGUUAAUAUAGUCACACUGCUCCUUUUUUGGAGCAGGGUGGGGGAAACCUGGAACCUCUUCUAUAUUCCUAGUAAUGGAGGCGAGGAUUUGGAAAAGAAAAAAUGACUUCAUCCCUCCAUUCCUUCCACCUUCUACCUUCUGGUAUCAGGAAAGGCUGCCCCUCCUGACUCUGUGCUGUUUGCAGGAAUGAAGCACACAGGGGCAAAAGAGUGUAAUAUAUUUCCCUUUGAUUCUUUUGGCUGCUUUUCCAACUUAAGAGAGGAGCUGGAAAAGCCUUGCGUGUGGCUGCUUUGGCUUUGGUGUUUCUGUCCUGAUCCAUAAAAACAUCUUUUAGUUCUCUACAUUUUAAUUAUCUCUUUUUACAAAUACCUUAAAAUGGAAAUCUUAAUUGGAAUGAAUUAUUUGUUAACUAUUAAGACAUUUUAAGGCUUUGAUGACUAAUGAUCAUCAAAUUGUCCUACAGAAAUCUGUACCAAUAUAUUGUACCAACACAAGUGCAAGAGAAGCCAGUAAGCAAUAGGCAUUAUCAUUUUUUUAACUCACUGUAAAUUUAAUAGGUGAAAAAGAUCUUAUUUUAAUUAUUUGUUUUGGCAUUAGAAAGUGAAUGCUCGUUGUUUUUUGGCCAUUAGUAAUUCUUCCUGACAUGUCCAUUCAUCUUUUUCUUUUGGAUUUGUAAGGGCUUCAUGUUUUAAAGAUAUUGGUGUUUUGCCCAUCCUGUGUUAUAGUUUUUUUCAUCUGCCAUUUUUCUUUUAAUUUUGUGUAUAAUGUUUUUGGUAUACUAAGUCAUUACUUGUUAGGUUAGUUACUAUUUUUUGUUAUGUUGUUAUUAGUGGUAAGCUUAGAGAAGAAAUAGGUAUUUUAAAUAUUCAAAAUGUGUGAUUCAUUUUCUGAUAAAAUAUUUGUAUAACUAAAAUCUGAGGCAAGAUAACUGAAUCAAAAAGUUGAGAAUAUUUUUCAAAGGAAGAGUUUAAUAAUAAUUUUUCUUAAAUCUGUUUGUAAAGUAACUCAGUGGCAACCCAACACAUAUAUUUUGCAUAUUGUUGCACAAAAGAUAAUCAGAAAAAAUUUGAUUAUAUUAUAGGAUUUGAGCAUGUGGCCUGUGACAGUAUCACCUGUAGUUUUGAAGCUACAUGCAUUUUAGUAGAUUGAUGUGUUAUUUCUAUGGCACUGAAGACUCAUGAUUGACUUGAACAAUUUUUAAAGUUAUUUUAGUUACAGAAAUUAUACAGGAAUAGAUUAUCUAGAAAAUUAAAGCCAUUAAUGAAAAGCAUUUCACAUUAUCACACAAUUAUUGUUACCAGAGAUAACUGCUGUUUUCACUUCAGCAUUACCCUUUGAGACCAUUUCUCUAUUUACAAAAAUGGGGUGGGGGGGUUUAUUGUUGAUGUGAAUGGGGCAUACUUUAUUGUAUAAGAAAUUUGUAAUUUUUUACUAUUAAAAUGCACAUUUGUAAGUUUC